AGUCUAGACUCUAGAAAUGUGUCAAUUUGCCAUUGUUCCUUCUCCUUGGAUCCAAUAGGCUUUUUAAAUAUAUUUUGUACAUCUAACUGGGUUUUAUUUUUUAUACAAAUUAAAAAAGGCCUUUUCUCAAUGACCCAAAACUAAAACAAAAAAAAAAGGAAAAAAGUGGAGCACUGGAAACUGCAAAGUGGAAACAAAUGCAGUGCGUGCAAAGCGCAAACAAAUUACAAUGGCCAGCAAUGAAGCAGCAGAAGUAAAAGAAGAAGAAGAAGAAAGAGAGGAUGCAACAAUGGCGAAGUUGGGUUCCUAUGGUGGCGAAGUGAGGUUGGUGGUUGAUGGAGAGGAAUCAGCUGCAGAAGAGAUCAUGCUUUUAUGGGGAAUCCAACAACCAACCCUUUCCAAACCCAACUCCUUUGUUUCUCAGUCUUCAUUGAAACUCUCCAUCGACUCUUGUGGACACUCUCUCUCCAUUCUUCAGUCUCCUUCUUCAUUGGGCACGCCUGGAGUAACUGGAUCAGUGAUGUGGGACAGUGGAGUUGUAUUGGGGAAGUUUCUAGAGCAUUCUGUUGAUUCCGGGGUGCUUGUUCUUCAGGGCAAGAAGAUUGUUGAAUUGGGAUCUGGUUGUGGGUUGGUCGGUUGCAUUGCAGCUCUUUUGGGUGGUGAAGUCAUUCUUACUGAUCUGCCCGAUAGGCUGAGGCUACUUAGAAAGAACAUUGAAACCAACAUGAAACAAUUUUGUCUACGCGGAUCUGUGACAGCAACCGAACUCAUAUGGGGAGAUGAUGCUGACCCAGAACUUGUUAAGCCCAUGCCUGAUUAUGUGCUUGGAUCCGAUGUUGUUUACAGUGAGGGGGCCGUCGAGGAUCUGCUAGAGACGCUAGGGCAGCUCUGCGGGCCUAAUACAACUAUCUUCUUGGCUGGCGAACUUCGAAAUGAUGCCAUUCUUGAGUACUUCCUAGAAGCUGCAAUGAACAAUUUCAGAAUUGGUCGCGUCGAUCAAAAUCUGUGGCAUCCUGAUUAUCGCAGCAACCGAGUGGUUCUUUAUGUUCUUGUGAAGAAAUGAAAGUUUCAGAAUUAAUGAAACUAUGUUACUUACUUACUUUAUAGUUUAUACUCUACUAGAGUGUGACCCUCCUAUGCUAGAAUUCAUUGUAAAAGAUAUUCUCCUUCCAUAUAUAUUUUUUUGAUAUCAUGCUCAUUUUUUGAGAAGCCU